AUGAGGAGAGAUAAUGAGAGCACAGUGUUUGAGUUCAUCCUCCUGGGACUCUCCAUCCAGCCAGAGGACCAAGACAUGUACUCUGCCCUGUUCCUAGUCAUCUACCUGACCACAGUGCUGGGGAACCUGCUCAUCAUCCUGCUCAUCAGGCUGGACUCUCACCUCCACACCCCCAUGUACUUCUUCCUCAGCCACUUGGCCUUCACAGACAUCUCUUUCUCAUCAGUCACAGCUCCAAAGAUGCUCAUGAAUAUGCUGACACACAGUCAGUCCAUCUCAUAUGCUGGGUGCAUUUCCCAGAUGUAUUUUUUCCUAUCCCUUGCAAAUGUUGACAGCUUCCUUCUGACCUCCAUGGCCUACGACAGGUAUGUGGCCAUCUGCCACCCUCUGCACUACACCACCAUCAUGAAUCAGAGCCUCUGUGUCCUGCUAGUAGUUUUGUCCUGGGCUUUGUCCUUUGCCAAUUCCCUUGUUCACACCCUCCUCUUGGCUCAUUUAAGGAACACAAGAAAUCAGAGCAGUGCAUCUGAGUUCAUCCUCCUGGGACUCCCCAUAAAUUCAGAGGACCAAGACUUGUAUUCUGCACUGUUCCUAGUCAUCUACCUGACCACAGUAGUGGGGAACCUGCUCAUCAUCCUGCUCAUCAGGCUGGACUCUCACCUCCACACCCCCAUGUACUUCUUCCUCAGCCACUUGGCAUUCACAGACAUCUCUUUCUCAUCAGUCACAGCUCCAAAGAUGCUCAUGAAUAUGCUGACACAAAGUCAGUCCAUCUCAUAUGCUGAGUGCAUUUCCCAGGUGUACUUUUUCCUAUUUUUUGCAGAUCUUGACAGCUUCCUUCUGACCUCCAUGGCCUAUGACAGGUAUGUGGCCAUCUGCCACCCCCUCCACUAUACAAGUAUCAUGAGUCAGAGUGUCUGUAUCUUACUGGUCAUUGCAUCUUGGUUGUUAUCCUUUGCUGGUGCCCUUGUUCACACCAUCCUUCUAGUUCGUCUCUCUUUCUUUAGAGGUAACACUCUCCACCACUUCUUCUGUGAUCUCUCUGCUUUGAUUAAACUCUCUAGCUCAGACACCUCUAUCAAUGAGCUGGUCAUCCUCAUUGUGGGAUCACUGGUCAUUACUGUGCCAUUCAUAUGCAUCCUGGUCUCUUAUGGCCACAUUGGAGCCACCAUCCUGAGAAGACCCUCACUCAAGGGAAUCUACAAAGCCUUGUCCACGUGUGGCUCUCAUCUCUCUGUGGUUUCUCUCUAUUAUGGAGCCAUUAUUGGGCUAUAUUUUGUUCCCUCAUCUAACAACACUAAUGACAAGGAUGUCAUUGUAGCUGUGCUGUACACUAUGGUCACACCCAUGCUAAAUCCUUUUAUCUACAGUCUUCGGAAUCGAGAUAUGAAAGGAGUUUUGAGGAAUAUGCUUGCAAGAGCAACAUUUUCUAUGUGA